AUGUACAAAACCAAUAACCGAAGAUUACUUGGGUUAGGAUUUGGAAGGAAAUUAACGUGCUUUAGGCAAUUCGCCACACGGGGAGAAUUCGAUUCCCCCUUUGAUCACUUACCAAAAAGGGCACCAAAGUCAUGGUUCAAUUGGAAAACAACUGCGCUAUUCUUUGUAGGAGGUUCGUAUUUGGCAUAUAACGAAACUUUGUUUGAUUUAUAUUCAGAUUAUACUGAUAGCAGUGCUGAUGAUCAAUCUACUCGUUUAAAGUUGGAGUAUGAAUUGAAAAACUUACCAAUAUACGAAAAAUUAGCAUAUCCCAAGAAAGGGGAAAAUUGGGUUCAGAUGAAGUCAUGGGAAAAUCUAGACAAAAAUGUCUUAGAAGCUCCCUAUAAGAUCAAGACAGAAGAAGAGUAUAGUAAGCCUGCCCUCACUAAUAAAAUAUUGGCUCAAAAGGGAGGAAUUGCUGUUGAGCCCGUUAUUUUUCAUAAUAUUGACACUGAUGAAGGAGUAACUAUAGUCCAUGUUGGUUACAGAUUGUGCGGGUAUCCCUUUCUAGUACAUGGAGGAAUGUUAGCUACUUUGCUUAAUGAAACAUUCAAGAGAAAUGCUUCUCUCUCUAGUUCGACUAGUUCAAAUAUUAAAGGUGACUUUAAGGUUGAAAAUUUAAGUAUAUCAUACAGAUAUCCGAGUUUGGCUAACCAGUUUUUAAUUAUUAAGACAAGACCUUCAAAUAAUGACAAUGAUGAUCCAAAGCAUAUUCACUUAAGCGGAGUAAUACUUUCCCAAAAUGGCAAGACUUUGGUUAAGAGUGAUGCUCUUUUGGUAGACACUGGACGAGAGCUGAAUAAAAUAAAGGCUGCGAAGAAGAAGAGUUGGUGGUAG